AUGGCAAGAGCCACAAGUCAGCUGUAUGAUGUUGUGCCCAUUCAGUCGAGUGUCGUCAUCUGUUCGUGUUCACAUCCAUCAAUGGUAAGAACCAACUCUGACUCCUGCUCGCCACUUGCUAUCCCAGGCGCAAGCAGUAGCCUUCGUCCGAGCAUGGAGGGCUCGUCCUCUGAGGCCUAUGCUGUAGGAGCAUCUGCCAGCGGCCAAGGUGCAAACCAUCCACCACAACCUGUCCACGCUCCUCAGCCACGCAAGAAGAGACCAGAUGACUUCAAAUUUGGCAAAAUACUCGGAGAAGGCUCAUUCUCCACUGUUGUUCUUGCAAAAGAGCUAGCAACGAGCAAGGAAUAUGCAAUUAAGAUAUUAGAAAAACACCAUAUUAUGAAGGAGAAGAAGGCUCAAUAUGUGAAGAGAGAAAGGGACUUGAUGUCAGAUCUAGAUCAUCCAUUCUUUGUCAAGCUUUACUUCACGUUUCAAGAUGAUGAGAAAUUAUAUUUUGGUCUCAGUUAUGCUAAAAAUGGAGAGCUACUAAGAUACAUUCGCAAAAUUGGCUCCUUUGAUGAGACGUGCACAAGAUUCUAUUCUGCUGAAAUAGUUUCUGCUCUAGAAUAUUUACACAAAAAAGACAUAAUACACAGAGACCUAAAACCAGAAAAUAUUCUUUUAAGUGAAGACAUGCACAUCCAAAUUACAGAUUUUGGAACGGCAAAGCGCUAUGAUAGCAAACAAGCAAGAGCAAACUCUUUUGUUGGAACUGCUCAGUAUGUGUCUCCUGAGUUGUUAACAGAGAAAUCUGCCUGUAAAAGCUCUGAUCUUUGGGCCCUGGGAUGCAUUAUCUAUCAGCUGGUGGCUGGUUUACCACCGUUUAGAGCUGGAAAUGAGUACCUAAUAUUUCAGAAGAUAAUAAAGUUGGAAUAUGAAUUCCCAGAGAAAUUCUUCCCAAAAGCCAAGGACCUUGUUGAAAAGCUUUUGUCGCUGGAUCCCUCCAAGCGGCUCGGUUGUGAGGAGAUGGGAGGCUAUGACCCUUUGAGGCAGCAUCCCUUUUUCGACUCGAUCUCCUGGAGUGAUCUACAUCUUCAAACACCACCCAAGCUCACGCCCUACCUGCCGGCCAUGUCAGAGGAUGACGAGGACUGCUAUGGAAAUUACGAUGAUCUCCUGAGCCAGUUCAGCAACAUGCAAGUGGCUCCCUCCAGCUCGAUACAGGGUUUAUCGCCGCUGGAACUGACGUCGCCUCAAAGGUCGAGCAGCAACAUUGAGCAGUACAUCCACGACUUGGAUAACAACUCUUUUGAGUUGGAUUUGCUCUUCACUGAUGAGGAAAAGCGGCUUUUGCUGGAUAAACAAACUACUGGAAAUCCUUGGCACCAGUUUGUUGAGAAUAAUCUCAUCUUGAAAAUGGGCCCAGUCGAUAAACGAAAGGGUCUGUUUGCUCGGCGGAGACAGCUGCUUCUCACAGAAGGACCACACCUGUACUAUGUGGAUCCUGUAAACAAGGUUCUAAAAGGGGAGAUUCCUUGGUCCCCUGAGCUUCGUCCUGAGGCUAAGAACUUCAAAACCUUCUUUGUUCAUACGCCUAACCGAACAUAUUAUUUGAUGGAUCCCAGUGGAAAUGCUGACCGGUGGUGCAAGAAGAUCCAAGAAGUGUGGAGAAAAACCUAUCAGAGGCACCAAAACCCAGGGCUAUAG